UGUGCCUAGUCGUUCCCUCCGCCGUCGCACCGGCAGUGCGUGCACAAAAUCGUGCCGUUAAGAAAAAAUAAAUAAGUAAAAAUAAAAAAAUAAAAGCGCAAGAAUCAGCGGCGGCGGCGGCCCCAUGGUGCAGUGAUUUUUAAUGAUGCGGGUCCCGGUCGAACCAGGAGGAAGGUGAAUAACAAGAAAAAAUGAAAAGAACCCGCUGACACACCGCCUCAGGCGGUACGUGACGGCAAAUGUACAACAGCCUGUCUGCUUUCAAAAACGGCUGCUCGGACGCCCAGAUCUAAACUGGUUCUGCACGGGCUACGGUCGAGUCGGUAUGGCGUUCCGUCAAGAAGCCGGUUGCAACGGCAGCGAUGAGCCGAUCAACUACGGCGCUACGCCACCUGGUGGCGAGCCGCGGUCCUUGUCCCAGGUUCGCGGCUUGUCAUCCUCGUAGCACAUGGCAGCGACGGCGACGGCCAGUGCCGAGAUGGCCAUGUACCGUCAAAAGCGUCCCAACUGGACCGAGGACGAGCGACUGCGGCUCGUGCAAGAGAUCGGCGAGCGCAUUGACGUCAUCCGCGGCAAGCUGGGUCCCACACUGACACUCCGCGCCAAACGGUCUGCCUGGACUGCCGUGCAGCAGGCACUGAAUGCAGGCAAUGACACGCACACGCGCUCUGUGCCCGAGAUCAAGAAGCAGUGGAGCAACCUCGUGCAAAGGUGCAAGCACCGUGUAAAUGCGCACAACCGCGGCACCAGUCGGCAAGGAGAGAAUGGGCGUUCCUUGGAUUUGUCUGUAGUGGAGAGAACCAUACUGGAUGUCAUAGGUGAUGACUGCACCUAUGCCGACUUCCUUGAUGGUGCCGGCCCCGACAUCUCUGGUGACGUUGAUGGAAGCCAAGACAACUGCCUUGGCUCCUCCGAGGACGAGACACUGAUCCAGUCACUGGACUCCAGUGUGCCAGAGUGGUUUUGGAAGACAAGCGCCCGAGCCUCGAGCGCCGCAUCUGCGUCUGCAGCGCUAUGCGCCGUCCACCCCUCCACGGACACUUCCGUGGCCACCGCAGUUGCCAUGAAGCGGGAGCACAGUGACGAUGACGAACACCCAUCAUCUGCCGAGUGUGUGACAGCCGAGUUCGAAGUGGAUAAUGAACAUGACGAUGUCGCUGAGACGUUGGGCAUCGUUUACGAGCGGCCAACUGCUGCUGCUGCCUCCAGCAAGCAGCUUGUGCCCCGGCAAGCAACAUGCUCACAGAUGGGUGGCGGACGUCGACCAGUCGUGACGCCACAGCAGAGACAGACGCUGCCACCACCACCACCUCCUCCACCUCAGCUUCCAGCAAGUCCCGCAAGACGUCAACCCAGAGGCCCCAACCCGGACACUGGUGGUGAUGGCGAAGAUUCCGGAAACCACUGCAACGAGAAUGCAGGAGACGAUGAUCUGGCGACCUUGCGCAAGACGUUGCUCAUGGAGCAGAUCAGAGCCGCCCGGGAGCAAGCCCGGGCAUUCCAGGCUGUUGCCUCUGCCGCACAGGCGGUCAGAGAAUGCGUUGCGAGGGCGGCCAAGUCUCGUGUGCACACAGAGAAGGUGAAGCGCAGAAAGCUGGCGCUGCAGAUCAAGAAGAUGGCUGAAUGACGCUGCUGGCGCAGGUGGAAAGUGAAGAAAAGAUGCAACUGAUGCCCGGUCAUUUCAUUAGCGUGAGGAAGUGACAGCAUCCAGUUCAUGCGUCACAAAGUAAAAAUGUGCCUCGUGCCUAUUGUUUGGGAUUGUGGCUACGGAGCAGUGAUGGAUGUGUCCUUCUGGUGGUCUCAUUCUCAGGGAUUCCCAGCCCACCACUGGGAGCAGUGUUUCCGAGAUUCUGAUGACCAUGAGUGCCCAUAUUGAGAAGAUCAAUAUCUAGCGAGAAGCACUUCUGCUGUGCUUCAAAUUUAGUCUGGAGCAGAUCAUUAUCUAGCUGGAAGCACUUCUGCUGUGCUUCAAAUUUAGUCUGGAGCCGUGCCUAUUGUGCCCUCUUUGUAUGGUGGCUUUUGAUUUCAUGCCCCCCCCCCACACCCACACACAUGUACACAUAUAUCUGCAGGCACCUUUCUGCUGCAAGCUGUUUGUCUAGUGAAUUGCCUCUGUGUGGCCAAGGUCUAUUACUUUCUCAGUCCUCAUUUCGAUGUUAAAAAUACACUCACAUUCCUUGUAGGCCUGUCGGGCUUCUUCAAGUUAUCACUUGUGUAGGACUCCCUCGUAUUGGCCAUUUAUUGAAAGAAAUAAUGCGAUGUGAAGUAUAGAUAAGACAGUUCCAUAACAUCUACUUAUGUGACACGCAAAUUGUAGGUGCUGGGUACAGUCAGAGACUUGAUAUUUUGACAUUCCCAUGUCCUGUGCUCGUGGUGCCUUGAACGUACAUGUGCUUUUCUAGGCGUGAUGCCAGUGUUUUGAUUGUGGUGCAGUGAUGUUAUGAACUCGGGCCAGCCAGGAAACAUGGCACUUUACUAUGUGCGCCCUCACUUUUCACAUAAUUACCAGAGCAUAAUAUUCGCUCAUUGUACAGUUGCACAUAUACCUCACUUUAUGACACAGAACUUUAUGAAAUUUUCCCUUUAAUGAACUGCUUUGGUUCCCUGCCAUAUAUCUAUAGAACCAAAGCUUUGAAAACCUUGGAAGGAACAAAACAAAAUGUUGUACCAAUUUGACAGUCCUUUUGAAAGAAUAGGGGAAAAAAAUUAUUUACUGGGUACCUGAGUGUUCAAAAUAGUACUAUGUUUUGCAAGAGCAUAUCAUUGCUGCUUGAGGUGUGCCGCUUUCGUUUUACAAAACUAUGCUGCCUGGGCCCUGGCAUUACACACUUUGAUUAGGUUGUGCCAUAUAGUGUCAGCAGCUCAGUUUACACGGCUCUUGACAGUUGCGUUGAUUUUGGGGUCAAUUACGCCAGAUUUGAUGAAAUAAUUGUCUAGUGGCAUCAACUUCAUUAAAUCAGUUUAACUGCAUUUAAUAAUUUAUGAUCACCGACCAUGCUCUUUGCUGAAGGUGGCUGUUUUCACUUAUUAUUACUGUGAGCUUAGAGCCCGCAUCUUUUUUUUUUUUUUUUUUUUCAGUGGCCCUUUGCCAUCAAAUUACCAGCAAUGUGAAAUGGAGCCAGUCUUACUUUAAGUAAGUCAUAGGUUGAAAAUUUUCAGCUCUUGCUGGACCCACGCUUAAGAUUUAUGACAAGUCGUGGAUUGUACAGCAGCAAGUCGUGCGCGUUACUUUGACUUAGCUUGAUCUUAAAACAGAUUGCUAGAAAUUGGAGCAGUUUACCUUACUUCGGGCAGAGUUCGCUGCGUGCUCACGCCUCGGCUUGCAAGUUUGCGCAGGCUGUCAACAUGCUAAGCUGUUCUCGCCCUACCAUGUAAACCACAGUGCAUGAAAUUAUUAGGCUGCACAAUUCAUAGACAUGGGGACGCCCGACUAAGCAGCAAGUUCUUCGUUUAUGCCUGUCUUUUCUCUCAUACUUUAAUGAGGCAUCGUGCUUCCACAAAUGUCUAGUAUUAUCAAAUUAUUGGGAGGCCAGAUGUAAAACAAGUGGCAGUGUGUGAAAAAUUCCUGUUCUAGUUCUUUUAAUGUAUUGUACAGCACUGCAUACGAGAUUCAGAAACUUAAUGUACUCCUUAGUGUGGUAAUUGACUCAGGGCUGCGACUUGCUUUUAUCGAGACAUGGCACCUAGCAUUGUGAUAUGCAAAACCUAGUUGCUUGGCGUUGGUGUUCAACACAGCCUACAGAAAUUCCUUACUGGAGGAAACCAGCUUGUGUGUAGUCAUGCGAGCUACAGAAAAAGUAAUAUGCAGAUUGUCAUUUUACAAGGCAUGCAAUCUGUAGGACACAUCAUCUGGUUGUGCCUCCUGGGCUCAUGCAUUGCCUCAGGAGUUUGCAUGACACUAAUGAGGGAAUUUUCUUUCCCCGCCUCUUUUAAAUUCUGGGUGAGGUGGGUUUCCUAAGUUUGUCUAAAUAAUAUAAGGAGGAGAUAAGAUUGGAUCAGAAGUACGCCAUUUUAUAGUGUUUGUUAUGGUUUGGUCUUUCAGAAAUAAGUCUUUUAUGCCAGCACUCCUACAAAUUAUGAAGGUAGUUCAUAAGAUGGAGAUUGCUCUUGUAGCAUGUGGAGAAUGCUGCAAAUUAAUGUAGAGGCACGUUUCAAUAUUAGAUGUUUAUUAAGUUGAUGUUGCAUGUUGAUGCUUUGUAUUAUUUGCAUAUGACGUGGUCGAUGGCUUACUAAAAGUGCGCUGCACCAACAUUCCUGCUUUAGUUCUAGUGUGGAAUAAACCAGUGUAAAACUGGGGUUCCUCUUUUAGCUCUGUAUCACUUUGCAUUGAUCAUUUCCCUAUUUAUGCCUUCAUGACAUACCUCACAUGUGGCUGGCCGAGUGUAGUGAAUUUGUCCAAAUGCUAUGCAAAGAAGGCAUUGGAAGUGUUUGAGAAAAGCUUUUUAGUAAUUUUCUAGUGAUUGCCUUACAUAUUGUGCACGCUAACAGCCAAGACAGUCAUUGCAGAAUGUGGAGGGCGAUGAAAGCCAUCAUGACUGAAAACAGGACCAAUCAAAGUGUAGAAGGGUGUUGUGACAUGUACCUGCUUUAAAUAAAUUGUGCUGCACCAUUG